CUACUGCCAAGCCUGAAAGGCAGACGUUGCUCUGUGUCCAGCUUCGGCUUCAGCUUCACCCACGCGACAAGCUUUGCCGACAUUUUGGGGAGCAUUGCAUCAGCUCAAACAUUUCUAUUGCGACGAGCUCACUCUACCGGCAUCUCCCAUUUCGCACCCACCACGAGCCGAUCGCGCGCAUAUCCCCAAUCCACUUCCUUUUUCCCUCGACGUCGGGUGCAGAUGUGCAUGUCGAAAGAACCCAUCCACAUCUCGUAGAGGCGAAAGACGGAAUAUCAAACAACUCCGUCGCUGCACGGUCGCCAGCAACAGCCGUAGGCCGUCAGCAGGGCGGAAUUCGCGGGCAUGAGCUGGCAACAGGUCUCUGCCAUGGGAGCUGGAAACAUGGGGGGAGGUGGUAAUCUUGGCGGUCAAGACCUUGGAGGAAUGCCUGCAAAUGGCACAAACCAACCUCAUGCUACCGAAUACACGUUACAAGGCGUCAUGCGCUUCCUACAGACCGAAUGGCAUCGACACGAGCGCGACAGAAAUGCUUGGGAGAUCGAACGCCAGGAGAUGAAGGGUCGCAUAGCCGCUCUCGAAGGUUCCACCAGGAGAGCUGACGCAUCGCAAAAGGCCUUGAAGAAGUAUGUCGGCAUUCUCGAGAAGAAGGUCAAAGACCAGGCAGCACGACUAAAGACUGCCGAAUCCGGCAACGGCACAGCUGAUGAGCAUGCUGUCAAGCAGCCGCCCAAAGUCGACCGCGCUACUUUGAUAGCUGAGAAGCUUAAGUCUUCCAAUGAUAAGCCGAAAGAACCCAUUCCCGGCCUCGAGGGAUUGGUUGGCGAACGAGUCCAAGAAGAGGACGAGCGCGAGCAACUCAGGAUAUUUCUGGAUCAAUGCCAAAGCGAGUUCACCUACCUCAUGAUUACGCCCGCCAACCCGCUGCCCCCUCGAGACUCACCUCCAUUGCCCAUGCUCGAAGACAUGCGUGAGGGCGAAUAUGGUGUGCCCGCCGGCAUGCAACCUCUAGACGCAGCCUUCCGACAACUACACCUGAACCAGAACCACGCCAAAGACCCAGGCCCUCGCUCUCAGCCAAACCAUCCUGCGCCUAUGCCGCAGUCACAAAUACCAAGUCUCGCGAGGCAGAAUGUGCAAGAGUUGCAGUCUGCUCCCAUGGUGCGGGCCAAUGACAACCCACCGGCUGCCUACAAUAACCAGCCGGAAUGGCCUGCGCCUGUAGGAGUUGCCGUAACCAGCCGCGAAGAUGCUGCAAUGAAGCUUAACCACAACGAAUAUCCGCGCCAAACCACGGCCGAAGAUCCUGAAAAGCGAGUAGUGGGGGAUUCUGAUGCGUGGGACUUUGGUGAGGGCACUUUCCCCGAAACCACAUCCUCACAAGCUCUCCAAAACAUGCCUGCCAACCGACCCGAUAUCGAUGUAUUCCCCGCCGCCGACAACAUCCCAAAAUCCCCCAAUCGAGCGCCUAGUUCCCACAGAAGGAAGACUUCACUGUCACGUAGACGGAGUCUGGACCAGGAACUCUCACUCAACUCCUCAUCCCACAAGGCCGAAAGUGGCAACUUCAAGCUACGUUACGGCCUCCGUGGCCAUCUUAACACAGUACGAACCGUCAUUUUCUCCGGGGGCGGAAGCCCGGGAGAGCCAGAGAUCUGCACAGCUGGGGAUGAUGGGCUGAUCAAGCGAUUCCACAUACCACGAGAGAAUCCCAGCCACCUCGGCACCAAUACAUCUGACCUGGAUGUGCCGGCAGAUUUCACUCAUCGAGGUCAUAGCGGAGCUGUACUGUGCCUCACAUCUUGGUCUCCGGCACCGAAUUUCUCUACUGGCGGACGUGCUCAAGGCGAUGGCUGGAUAUUCUCUGGUGGGCAAGACGCAUCUAUUAGAGUUUGGGAGCGUGGCAGAGUAGACCCCAAGGCCACUCUGGACGGACACACUGAUGCUGUCUGGGCUGUCUGCGUUCUACCUGCAACAUUGGGUGCCGUUUUCGGCCAGACAAGUGCAUAUGGUAGCCCAGACCGUAUCCUGCUUGCUUCGGGCUCUGCAGAUGGUGCUGUCAAGGUGUGGGCAGUCAGCGCGCCACCGCAACUGACAUCACCACAACCUGCGUCUGGACGUCGUGCUACCGGAAGCCGAGGCCGUGGCAACUCCAUGAGCUCUGGAUCUCAGUUCCCCAACUCACCACAGCCUAGCAUGACGUCUAACACGCCUUUCCACCAUACACUAGUUCACAGUGUGACGCGGGCCGAUGGGUCGAAAGCUAGCCCUACAUGCAUCACUCCUUUAUCCGCAAACGGCGAGGCAUUUGUGGUCUCAUACUCGGAUGCGGCAAUUGUUAUUUACGACACAAGAACGGGCGAAGAGAUUGGCACUAUGGCUAGCCUGGAGACAGCGGAUGGCACGCUGUCGACUAGUGUUAAUGCUGUCGUUGCAACUACGAUUGGCCUUGAGCAGAGCUCCGGUCCCGAGCUGGGUGAUGAGGAGGCCAACGCCGCAUCAGGAGGAGCCGGACCUACGGGCGGCGGCGGAGCGGCUGGCAGCGGUAUCGAAGGGGUCAUCAUUAGCGGCCAUGAGGAUCGCUAUGUCAGAUUCUUCGAUGCUAAUAGCGGUAAGUUAUCUAAUUUUUGGCGUGUACUGUGCCCCCACAAACAAAUGCUGACAGUUCGGAUAGGCCAGUGUACAUACAACAUGCUUGCCCACCCCGCUGCCAUUUCUGCUCUCUCACUUUCGCCAGAUGGUAGAGAGUUGGUUUCCGCUGGGCAUGAUGCUAGUCUCAGAUUCUGGAGUUUGGAAAAGCGUAGCUGCACUCAGGAAAUCACCACGCACCGUAUUAUGAGAGGCGAAGGUGUCUGCUCAGUCGUUUGGAGUAGUGACGGACGCUGGGUCGUCAGCUCAGGUGGAGAUGGGACUGUCAAAGUCUUUGCUCGAUGAUGCGAUACCCCUUUAGAUCAUAUCGAAUUUUUUUGAGCAUCUCAUUAUUAGCGCAAAGACCUUGGUUUCAGGUUCAUGAGGUUAAGAUGGACGUUUUGAUGAUAUAUGGAAC